GUCAAACUCGCACACUCAUACUUGAGAACUUUGUUCUUUACCCAUUCGGUCACCACGACUUUCUCAUAUCAUACCUAAAUGCCCCACUACCACAAACGUUAUACAAAAAUAACUAAAGGAAAUUAGAAUUCGCUGUUGCGUAGUUAUAGCGGUAGAAUAAUAACGUAUUUAACUGGGCUGUGAAUAGGAAAAACAUAAAUUAAUAAACCCAGUGUGUGACUAAAAACAAUAAUGUUAAUAUUCUGAAAUGGUCACGUUGAAAGUUUUUUUGUUAUUGUUUCUAACGUGUGCUGCAGAAGAUGUGGAUUACAAGGCUAUGUGUACGAGAGCGGAAUACAGAGAUAUGGACAACAAGCUCAUAGACAAUGUAGAAGAAUAUUGCCGUAAUAAAUUGUGUGUUAUAAAGUGCUGUGGGGAUAAUAUGCUGUUAAGUAACCGCGACGUUUGUAUGACAGAACAGGCACUACAGAAGAGAAAUCCAAAAUUCAGUAAACAGAUCAAAGAACAACACGAUUAUAACAAAAUUAAAUUAUACACUAGACAUGGACAUGGUGUAAAGGAAUCUACAAAAUCGGCAAAAAACAUAGUGUUCAUCACAAAACUAAAUUACACCCAAUGCUCCUAUGAUAUGAAACCGUACGCCGACUUUUAUAUACUAGAGGAUGGAUCGGGUAAAGCUCAAAAAAAAGAUGAAUCAAAAGCUUGGUACGACCUUGGCAAACUGGAAUACUGUGUGGAAUACAAGAUAUAUCAUAAGAACAGGACACAGUUCUUCAUCAUGAGAGAACCUUUUCAAGACCCAGACGGGGCUGAAACGAAAUCUAUGUAUGCGUUAGUAGGAUUCAAGAUAUCACUAUUUUUCCUCAUAUUGACGCUAUUGGUAUAUUGCCUGUUGCCCGAUCUGCAGAACCUUAUAGGACUGAUAAUGAUGGCGUAUAUUACUACUCUCAUCUUCGUCUUCUUACUCAAGUGCAUUAUUAUCCUAACAAACUCAUAUCAAACACGACUUUUCUGCAAAAUCAUAUCUGCUAUCCUGUACUUUUGCGCUCUAUCUAGCUUCUUCUGGCUCAACGUGAUGGCAUUUGACGUUUAUGUGUCACUAAGCCGCCCCCGGAGCAGUCGUGGAAGUAGUAAAAGAGUUAAAUAUCGCAAGUUCGCAAUGUACGCAGGGUACGCUUUGGGAGCUCCACUGCUGGUAACAGCCAUAGUAACGGUACUGGAUAACAUUGACGUUUCUGAGCUUGCGAUUGACCCGACACCGCCCUUCGCAGACUGUAUGGCUAUAGGUGUUGCGGUUACUUAUUACUUCGCUGCACCGAUUGGAGUAUUAAUUUCAAUUAACAUCAUCUUAUUCCUAAUGACUGUCUAUAACAUUUGGAAGAUAUCAAGGGAAGUGACUAAUAACCCGAAUUCGAAGAAGAGUAAUCAAAAUAACAAGUUUUAUAUAUGCUUAAAAUUAUCUCUCAUCAUGGGAGUGACCUGGAUGCUGGAGUUAUUUGAAGGGAAAGGCAUAUUCAUUUUCAUCUUGCUGAAUACUUACAACUUACUUACUGGCGCUUUAAUAUUCUUUUUAUUCGUGUUCAAGAAAAAGAUAUUUGUUAAGCUUUGUAUCAGGUUUAACAUAGACCAUGAGUGGGUCCGAACAUACGAGCCUUCCAUGCGAUCAAAGAGCGGAAUUACUAGAUCCACAAAAUUAUCCAAAUCCAAGAAAAACUCUCAAAUUAAGGAAACUGAAACGGUUUCUAUGAUGAAUGAGGAUAACUGUACUGCUAAGGAGGAAACUACUACCGUUUGAAACUAUGUUUCGGAUACACAGUUUCUGUAACAACACGCAAAUGCUUCCAGGAAUAUGUUCCGGAAACUCUGCCGUCCACACCUCAGUAUACAGUAAUAACAUUAUUUGUUUAUAAACAAUUGUUGUAAGAAGAGUUUAUAAACAAUUGUUGCUUAGUGAAUACGUAGCUUUAGCAAAUUUGGGUUUGUCCAAGGUUUUACACAAAACCAGACAAACAAAAGCAUGCCAACGUUUCACGUUAAAUAUAAUGAUAGUAGUAGUUGUAAGUACUUGUCCUGUUUAAAAAUUAAAAAUUAUUUAUUUAUCAAAAAGGUUUACAAUUCAUUUUUGACAGUGACCCUCAAACUAGGCUAUGUACUGUAGGUAUCUUGAGGAUCCGAGUUGCAUCAAUUAGAUAUAAAAAAUCAGGAAAUAUACGUGUGUGUGUGUGUGUGUGGCUAUUUUCAGUAGUCCCUCUUCUGCGCGCUUGUAUACUAGAUUCCAAUCGAUGUCAAGGAACAUGAUUGCUGUAUCGUAUGCGUAAGUUAUAAUUUUAGCGUUGUCAAGAUUUAAGACAUCAUUCAAGCACAGCAAGAACAAGGUUGGACCAAGGGCGCAGCCUUGUGGGAUCCCGAAAUUUAUCGGUAGAAGUGUGAUAGAGGGAUAUCCAACCUUGCCAAUCUAUCUCCUGUUAGAUAAAUAGCUUCUAAACCAGUGUAGUAGAGUGACACGUAUGUAAAUUGCUUCUAGUUUUAUAAGAAGGAGAUCAAUUGAGAUCGUGUCAAAGGCAUUGGAUAGGUCAAGAAAAACCUCCACGGUGUUUUUUCCCUUUUUCUAUAUUUGAUGCAAAAGUGUUUAUUUUGACUUUAUUUCAAUAAAAGUGUUGACCGCAGAAUUAGUACCGUUUUGACACAGGACAUUGCUCCGCGAUAGGUUAUUUUGUGUAUUUCCUCAAUCACGGCUUCCUUGUUUUUACUUUAAUUUGCCAUCUAGGUUUGUUUCGAAUGGGAUAUUGGUUUAUUUGUUGUGUCAUGGCAAAAAGGCACUCCUUUAGGUGCUCCAAUCAAGGCACCGCGCCACGCCGCGUAGCGGAGGGCAGACUU